AUGUCUAAUAACAACGUUCUGAUUCUCUUUUUCGUUGUGGGGAUUUGUGGCGUUUUUGCCCAGGUCAGCAAUCCCCUGCUUUUUGAUAAUCUGGUAGCUGAGCUUUUUCAAAAUUUAACGGCUGCCCGAGAUGAUCUGACUAAUCCACAAAUGUGGCCAUCGGAUUAUGCCGAAGAAUUGUUGACACAACGUUGGCCGCAGGCACACGAUUACAUUGUAAUUGGGGCUGGUAAUGCCGGAUCGGUUGUUGCCAGCCGUUUGAGUGAAAAUCCCAAUGUUAGUGUAUUGGUGCUGGAGGCAGGUGGUGAUCCGCCUUCGCUUUCAGAGGUCUACACUUUGUCAAAUCUGCUGCAAAAAUCCGAAUACACCUGGAACGAUUAUGCCGAACCGAAUCCCACCAGCUGUCAAGGUAUGAAGGAUGGCCGCUGCUUUUGGCUAAGGGGUAAAAUGAUUAGCGGUACGGCGGGCAUAAAUGGCAAUGUCUUUUUAAUGGGCCGCCCUGAAGAUUACGAUGAAUGGGAGAGUCAGGGUAACCAAGGAUGGUCUUGGGAAAAUGUUUAUAAGCACUUCGAAAAGGCCACCCAUGACGAGAGCUCCCCUGAAAAUCCCAAGGGUUCGUUGGUUUUGAAUAAUUUCCUGAGACCCGAAGAUUUUUAUACCUUACGAAAUAUUUUGGAAAAUGCCACCGAAGAGGUGGAAACGGAUUACGAAGUGAAAAGUUUGGGUUUUACCCAUGACAUUAUGGGCACAGUGGAUCGUGGUAGACGUAUGAGUACGGGUAAGACCUAUUUGGGUAAGGUGGCCCGCUAUAGGCGGAAUUUGCAUGUGGCCAAAAAUGCGGUGGUAAGGAAAAUCCUUUUCAAUGGUUGGAACAAGGUGGCUGGGGUGGAGGUUUUGCUGAGGAAUAAAAAGCUGUUGAGACUGCAGGCCCGCAAGGAGAUCAUAUUGAGUGCUGGUACCUUUAAUAGUCCGCAGAUUUUAAUGCAUUCCGGAAUUGGGCCAUGUGAUAAUCUAAGGAAGCUUAAGAUAUCCUGCAUGCGCAAUUUAGCGGUAGGUGAGAAUUUGCAGGACCACGGCAUGAUGUCGAUGACAUAUAAAUUCACCAAAAACAUACCCCAACCUGAGGAGGCCGAUAGCCUGACGAACACUUUCCAAUAUUUGGCAUAUCAAAAUGGUAGCUUGGCCGCCAAUCGGAAUUUGGUGGGUUUCAUAAAUUCUCAAGCUUCACAGAAUUUUGUCAACAAAAGUGAUGUGAUGAUUGUGUCGGGUAUCGAUAAACCUCUGCGUGGUGCCAAUAUGUUUGAGUUCCUACAAUUCCGUGAUGAAUUUGUGGAGGAAUUUUUGAGGUUAGCCGAAAAUGAGACCACUUUGGAACUGCAAGGUCUUCUCAUCAAACCCAAAUCUAGAGGUUCGGUAAAGCUAAAGUAUCCCAUCUUUGGUAGGGGUCCUGAGAUCCAUAACAAUUAUGCCAGUGUUGAGGAGGACCGCCAAACUUUACUGCGUUAUAUUCGAUUUGUUCGUUCCCUGGAGAAAACGGAAAUGUUCCGCCACUAUGGUUUGGAAUACAUACGCCUACCUUUGGAGGAAUGUGAUACGUGGGAAUUUGAUUCCGAUGAUUAUUGGUAUUGCUACAUCAAAUAUUUCAUGAUAAGUGCUUGGCAUGCGGCGGGUACCUGUAAAAUGGGUCCAGCAACGGAUCCCACGGCUGUGGUGGAUGAGAAGCUGAGGGUCCAUGGUAUUAAAGGGUUGCGUGUUAUCGAUGCCAGUAUUAUGCCCAACAUUACCAGUGGUAAUACUAAUGGUCCCACCAUUAUGAUUGCCGAAAAGGGGGCUCAAAUGAUAUUGGAGGAGCUCCAAAGGUGGUAG